AUGCAUGGAUUUGAAAGAGCGAGUGGCUUUCCAAAAGUAAUAGGGGCGAUUGAUGGUACUCAUAUUCGUAUUAAUGGUCCAAAACAAAAUCAUGCAGAUUAUAUUAAUCGGAAAGGAUUUCAUUCUAUUCAGUUACAGAUCGUAUGUGAUCACAAGACUCUGAUAACUCAUUGUUAUGCUGGACAUCCUGGGUCUGUUCAUGAUCAGAGAGUUUUCCCUUUAUCAGAAGUUGCAGAUUACGUAAAUUAUGAUGAUAAAUUCUUAGAAAAUUUCCAUAUUCUAGGCGAUGCUGCGUAUGAAAUACAUCAACACUAA